AUGGAUCCACUAAGAGACUCAGACAAUUUGAACGAGGAGCAGCCACGCGAGAGUCAGGAACCAGAGCCAUCCUCAUCAACGGGCUCUAAAGGAACCAGACCAAAGCGUGGGAGACCCCGUGGUGCAAAUCGCACCCCACUGUCUUUGGAGGAAAAGCGCGCCAGGAACGCUCAAUAUGAGCGUGAAAGGCGAGAGGAGUUGGCGAAAGCCCAGUGCGAACUGGCAGAGGCCGCAGGAUGCGACACUAAUGUACUAAAAAAGCUGGAGUCGGCCCGCGACCAGGAACAACAAGUCGCGCCAUCACCACCGCAGCCAGCCGAGCAGGAGCCCGACAUUCAGCCUCGACCACCAUUGCCAUCCUGGUAUGCCAUGGCAUUACCAUCGUUCGAGGCUGAAAAGUGUCCAGAUGUUUUGUCAGAGCAGGAACCCGACGAGACUGCGUCUCCAUCGACAUUGCCAGACCAGACAGACGCAGAUUUGUCAGACCUUUUGUCUCAAGAAGAUUUUGAGAAAAUUUUUGAAGCUCUGGAUAAUGGAUGGAUGGACUCCUGGCAGAAGACUCCUGACUCAUAA